CGACGAUUCCGACAAUAUGAGUGUAUAUAAUAAUCAAAAAUCUUAUACUUAAGUAAUCGAAAAAGAUUCGAAAAAGUUUUUCAAUAUACAUUUUUCAAUUCGGAUAAAAAGACAAGGUAACGAAUGUAUCCAACUUCACUCAUAUAAACAAGUUUUUUCACGUCAUUCUUUUCGUGUCAAAAUUUCAUGAGCCAAAAUUUGCUGCCUAAAGUCAAAAUUUCUAAUUAUGGCGGAAUUAAUUGAAUGCAAAAAAUCAUUUCUUUUGCACAUUAACGGAUAUUUGUACUACAAACACUCAGGUAGAAUAGGAGAAACUGCGUAUUGGAAUUGCCGAAGAAAACCUGAGUGUAAUGCUAGAGUGACAACAUACGGAGGACCACACAAUAUCAGAGUUCUGAAGGGACUUGAUGAAUCGAAACACAUCCUUCAUGCACCAAACCCCGAAGAAGUCGAAGCGUUAAGAGUCAUGAAUAGGAUCAAACGUAAAGCUACAGAAAAUCCUGAAGCUCCUCCAGCUCAAAUAUUACGAACUGAAUUGCGAAACGUUUCACCAGCGGUAUUAGCGGAAAUGCCAAACAGAAUUAAUUCCCGAAAAAGUCUUAGUCGUGAAAGAUUAAAAGAUUUUCCCUCGAACCCGCGAACGCUGAGAGAAUUGCAGGAUAUUCCAGGCUUUUAUCAAAAUUCAUUGAAUGGAGAUAAAUUUCUAAUUUACGACUCCUAUGAAAAUGACGAAGACUCAGAAUUUGGGAGAAUACUCGUGUUCGCGACGCCUGAAAAUUUAAGGCAAUUAUUCAGGAGCAUAUUGUGGUUUGCCGACGGAACAUUUAAAACUGCGCCAAGUAUAUUUUUCCAAGUUUUCGCAAUUCUCGGAGCAGUUACACAACCGGAUUCAAGAGGAAAACCACAAACUAUUGGUUUACCUUUUGUCUACGCAUUAUUAGAAAACAAAGAGCAGAAAGUAUACGAAAAAGUAUUCUCGGUUGUUUUGCAAGAGGCAGAACGUCUAGGUAUCGAUAUUUCUCUUCCGAUUAAAGUGAUGACAGAUUUUGAGUUGGCUAUCAUCAAUGCUGUAAAAAUCGUAAUGGGCGAAGACAAGGCACGCAGCUGUUUUUUCCACCUCUGUCAAAACAUGUACCGCCAUAUCCAAAGUGAAGGACUUCAGAAAAUGUAUUGCGAUCCUGAAGAUCGAUCGGUCAAAGUAGCCACUCAUAUGAUAUGCGCCCUUGCUUUAGUCCCACAUCAAAACAUCGCCCGAGAAUUCGAAACCUUAAAAAAUGAAAUACCGGAGGAAAUGCGACCAAUUUCAAAAUACUUUGACGCUACGUACGUCCGAGGAAAACCUGCAAAAGGCCGACGUAAACAGGUGCAUCCUCGCUAUGCUCCAGAUUUGUGGUGUCAAUAUGAUGCAGUCAUUCAACAAACUGCGAGAACGAAUAAUAUAUCCGAAGGAUGGCACAACAGGCUUCAAGUUGUUAUAGGGAAAGAUCACCCCAGCUUCUACAUUUUUCUUUCCGAGUUGCAGAAAGAGCAAUCGGACACAGAAAUAAUGAUGCGACAAUUGCAAUCAGGACAGCAAGUUAAGAAAAAUAAAGAUUCCAAGAGGUUGAAACAUGAACAGAGAAUAUUUAACAUUGUUUCGAAAUAUCACGAAUAUGUUGAUAACAAUGAUAUUGUCACAUACUUGAAAACUCUAGGAUACUAUAUUCGCAUGUGA